UAUAUUUGUCUCAACUACUCUUAUCUUCCAUCAUCUUAAUCUACAAUUGAUAGAAAGGAGUAAAACCAUGGAAGCUUGUUUUCUCACCUCCAGAUCCUUCACCAAAACUACAGAACUUGUUCCCUCAAUCAAAGCUAGAAUUCUCAAUCACCCAAAGAGAUUUUCUAGGCAAUUUAAGUGCAGACUAGUUGGCAGUCCAUUUUUAGUAUCAUGUUGUUAUAUGGAAUCAUCAUCCUGGCCCUGGGAAGAUGAAAACAAGCCUUAUAUUAAAGCUGACUGGCGAGGCUUUAGAGCAAAACUUGUAGCUGGAGAAGGAGCAACAAGGUCCCAAGCCCAAGAGCCCCCCUCUCAUGUUGUUGAUCCAGAUAUUGCGGUGGAUUAUCCCCUACCUCUACCCAUCACAAUUGGUGAUAAAUGGGCUCACAUCAUUCAUGAGCCAGAGAAGGGUUGCUUACUCGUAGCUACUGAAAAGCUUGAUGGUGUUCAUAUUUUUGAAAAAACAGUUAUCCUAGUCUUGUCAAUGGGGGCCUUGGGCCCAUCUGGGGUCAUUCUUAAUCGACCAUCACUUAUGUCCAUCAAGGAAACGAGAUCAACGGUGCUAGAUGUAACAGGGACAUUCUCUGGUAGGCCAUUGUUCUUUGGUGGGCCCCUGGAAGAAGAUGGUUUAUUUUUGGUGAGUACCAGUGGCAGUGAUGAUGGGGUGAGGAGGAGUGGGGUUUUUGAGGAAGUAAUGAAGGGUUUGUAUUAUGGGAGUAAGGAGAGUGUGGGGUGUGCAGCUGAAAUGGUGAAGAGGAAUGUGGUUGGGGUUGAAGACUUCAGGUUCUUUGAUGGGUAUUGUGGGUGGGAGAAAGCGCAACUAAAGGAUGAAAUAAGAGCUGGUUAUUGGACAGUUGCGGCUUGUAGUCCAAGUGUAAUAGGGUUGGCUAGUAGUGUACCUAGUGUUGGGUUGUGGGAGGAGGUUCUGGGGCUUAUGGGCCCAAGAAAAGUUUGGUGAGACUUGCCAUUAACAAUGCUUCCUUCAGAGUUCAGACCCACCCCAAAAUAGGUGGGGUUGUCUUAGAAGUUUGUAUUAUAUUACUACUUAUUAGGACUUCACUUCACUGGAUGGUUGUUUUUGUUUUUAAAAAAAGGUCUAAUAAGCUAAGAAGGGAUGCGUGCAAUUGAGUAAAAAAGUAGCUUUUAACCUUAUUGCAUGCUGUAUACUAUGACAAUCUAUCGACCACUUGUAUGAUUUACUAUUUCCUCUGUUUUAGAGCAUCUCCAAGAGCUUCUAUAUCCGGGUAUAUUAGCUAAAAUUUGGAGAAUUUGUACACUAUUCAUGCUCCAACAGCUUAGCUAUAUUCGGAAAUUUUUUUUGCUAAUGAACAGUAGCUCAUCAGAUCUGAUGAGCUACUGUACAUUAGCAAUUGAAUUUCUUGCAUUAAAAUAUUAUACCAACUCCUUAUUUUAUCAA